CAACUCAGGCUGCUGUGAGCCUGUUUUGUGUUCUGGGACGUGGCACUCUUACUUUAACUGCCCAGUGUAACCAUGCCUCGAGGAAGAUUGGCAACAAGUGCCCGCUCAGAUGGCAGUGAUUUGGAUAUUGAUGGUACAGCAGAAUCAGAGAUAGCCAAACUGCAGAGACAGUUCAGGAUAAUGGAAGGAGAUCGGCAGGCCUACACCAUUCAGGCUCGGGAGCAGAUCCGCAAACAACAGCAGGAGAUGGAGAACCUGCUGAAGGAGCAGGAGGAGCUGAAUCGAAACCUUGGUGCUUGUAAGAGCUUGUCCCGCCAACAGCAGGACAGCGAGGACACCCAGAGUCUUCGUGCUCUGCUGGAGCAGAGAGACAUGCUAGAGGAGGAGCUGUUGAAAGAGAAGCAGUGUCAAAAAGAAGUGGAGAAAGAGGUUGCAAACAUGGAGUUAAAGCUGGCAGAGCUGAGAAAAAGUGAUGUCAAUGGUGGUGAUACACAAAGGUCUGAGCUACGACGGACUCAGAAGGCCAUACGCACUUUGGAAUAUAAACUGGACAGAUCUUUGACUCGCUUCAAUGAGCAGCUUACCAAAAACUGCCACCUGAGAGAGGAGCUGCAGACUCUUCAUAUUGAGCGCAUACGUUUCCAGCAACUACACAACAGGCUGGACAAGGAACUUUACGAUGUCCGCAAGAAGAUAGGGGAAACUGUCAACCUGUCCACUGCUGCCUACGAUGCAAGGGUAGAGGCUCAGUCCAAGAUGACCAUGAUGAGGGAGAAGGCAGUGAAGGACCUGGCCCAGUACAACGCUGAGAUGAAGGAACUGGAGAGGGUCAUUGCACAUGAGUGCAUCCUGAAAGAGUUCAUGUCCACCAAAUGCAGUGAGAGGAGCGGGCAGGACGAGGGCCAUGAGCUGGGACACAGACAACUAUCAGAGCUGAAGGAGCAGAGAAGGAUGGACUCAGGGGAAGAGUCGCUGGACGUUUUAGAUGAAGUGUUCCAGAGAAUAGAGACAGUGACGGGGGAGGACAACCUGGACAUGCUGGUUACCAGGUUCAUCCAGGUUGAAGACCAGAACUUUGCACUCUUUAACUUUGUAAAUGAGCAAAACAAUGAGGCUGAGGCACUGAGGGAUCGGAUCAACCGGGUAGGUUUUCUCUAUUUACUAAUUUCUUACAUUUUUACCUUAAAAACGGACUUCAAAGGCAAGUUUUCUCAAUUAUUACAAUUAAAGGUAGGUAAAGGGGAAAUAGUAACCUGUAGUAUUCAGUGUGGAUACAUUGUGUAGGUUUAUAUCAUUACCUAUAUAUUUAAACGUCUGUCUCUUACUGUGUGAAUUUGCAGACACAAGAAGAGAUAGAGAAGUUUGGAGUAGCAAGUUUACAACAGGACCAAGAUCAUCGCUCUCUGCUGAGAGACAUUGAUGAGCAACAAAA